UGUACAGUACCGUACUAUGUCUUCCCCGCGCGCCUUCACAAAUAACUCACCUUUCUUCUUUUCUUAUACACAACUCAUUCACCCCUCAAUUUUUUUUCCCUCUCUUCUACUACCACAGAAUUCGAUAUUGAACCUCUUUUUUUUCCUCCCAAUUCAGUUUUAGGGUUUAUAGUUCCAAAAUCGAAGCGUUACUUUCUUCGUUUUCGAUAAUUUGGCUUCACAGGGCACUAGGGUUUCGGUUCCGUUGAAGGGAAAGAGAUGAGCACGAAAAAUCAGUUCAAGGAGGCGAUACUUGCGGAUAAACUUGCCAAGCUUAAUAGUACUCAGCAGUGCAUUGAAACUUUAUCACAUUGGUGUAUAUUUCACCGGAGCAAUGCAGAACAAGUUGUUGCAACAUGGAAAAAUCAAUUUGACAAAUCAGAUAUGAUUCACAGAAUCCCCCUUUUGUGGCUUGCAAAUGACAUCCUGCAGAACAGCAAGCGUAACGGAAAGGAAUUUGUGAUUGAAUUCUGGAAGGUUCUUCCUGCAGCACUUAAAGAUGUUAUUGCGAAAGAUGAUGAUCGUGGAAAGCGUGCAGUAUCUAGACUGUUUGAAGUAUGGGAGCAAAGGAAUGUGUUUGGGUCUCGAGUACCAAACCUUAAGGAUGCAAUGCUUGGAGAGGGUUCUCCUCCGCCAUUGGAAUUCGGCAAAAAAAGACCACGUUCUGCACGAAUUAUGAAAAGGGAUUCUGUAAAAAUUUUGAAAAGGGAUUCUCGCUCUAUCAAAUCGAAAUUGUCCAUUGGAGGAACAACAGAAAAAAUAGUGUCUGCAUUUCAUUUGGUGCUCGGUGAACAAGCCAAUGAAGAUGCAGAGAUGAGUAAAUGCAAGUCUGCUGUUCAGCGUGUAAGGAAGAUAGAGAAAGAUGUUGAUAUUGCAUGUGCCACUGCCAAGGAUCCUACGCGAAAAACUUUGAGAAAGGAGCUCGAGGAGCAACAAAGUCUAUUGAAACAUUGCAUAGAAAAACUUAAAUUAGUUGAAGAAAAUAGAGUAGCCCUAGUAUCUCAGUUAAAAGAAGCUUUGCAUGAACAGGAAUCGGAUCUGGAGAAUGUUCGUACGCAGAUGCAGGUUGCACAAGCACAAAUAGAAGAGGCUAGCAACAUGCAAAAGCGACUUGAUAACGAAGAUUCUUCACAGAAUGCAUCAAUUAAAACUUCUCAAUCAGAAGCAGCAACUAAAAAGUCAGCUGCAGCAAUUGCCGCUGAGGUUGCAGAUAAGCUUACAGCUUCAUCGUCAUCUCAAUUGAUCAUGAGUUCUGUUCUCUCAACAUUUGCCGCAGAAGAGGCAAAGAGUGUUGGUCUAACGUCCGAGUCCACAUCAAAACCUAUGAUAUCAAUGCCAAGUUCAGAUGCUCAUGUCUACAUGUCAGGACAACAGAUGACUGCUGUACCAAACCAUUCAUAUCCUUCAGUUUUGGUAACUCAACCAACUAUGCACAAUGCAGCCCCUGCGUUGCAAGGUCAAUAUCCCUUAUAUUGCAAUCCGUCGUCCCAGCAGUAUGUGCAGUCAAAUGGAGGGCAAUAUGUGCAGUCAACUGGAGGGGUCAUCUCUCCAUAUGGUUAUGGCAGCAUCCCACCUUUACAGCCAGUUCCACCACCACCACCUUUUGCUAAUCAGACACCACAAAUAACACAGCAACAACCACUACCAACUUUUACGAACCAGACACUGCACAUAACACAGCAACAACCACUACCAACUUUUACAAAUCAGACGCUGCAAAUAACACAGCAACAACCAGUACCAUUAACACAAUACGCUCCAGCACCUCCUAGUUUCCGGCCUCUUCAGCCAUCAGGAAUGAUGUACUAUGGUAAUCAUUGACAUUCUAUGUGGUAUACUGUAGCCGGCCUUUGUUGUAACAAGCAAAUUCUGGAGAUUCAGAAUUUCAUUUUUAUGCAAUGGUAUACUUGGAACAAAGUUCAUUAACGUAUGGAAGCAAGACUACAUGUCGCCCGGGAAAUGAAAGGAAACUGGCUUGCCCAGAAUCCGAGUACCAAGUGGGUUGAAUGUGAUGCUCUGUUUCAGAGAUUGAAGGAAAAUAGCGGGGAGGACUUUGGGUGAUGUGUGCGGGGUGGGGGAGAGAAAGUGAGGAAAGAAUUUCACAUUGUUUAAAAGAGUAUUUAUGGAGAGGAGAGGAGUGGAGGGAAAGACUUUUUGACUAUAUUUUCUUUGAGAGUGUUAUAAAGAGUCAAAGCAUUUGGAGAUGUUUUAAAAUCCCUCCAAUGUUCUUUCUCAAUUUAAUUUGAGUUGCUCAUAUUAUAGAGAGUAUCUUAAUAAGAAGAAUAAACCUUCCAU